AUGGUAAAACACCUCACCCCAUCAGCUUUGGCCAUCAUCAUGUUGGCCAUGCUUGCCUUGAUGACGAUUCAUUGUGUGUCAUGCAGUGAAGAUCCAACAAUUAAGAAUCAUCCGUCAUCCGACGUUAAUAUCACUCCAUGGACAGGAAAAUGGAUGAAUGGAUUCGUUCAGCUCUCUCCCAAUUAUUACAGUGCCCGAAUUCUUAAUGGAAUGAGCUUUGAUCAGGUGAAAUUUGAAUUUAAGGUUAGUUCAGGAAGUGCUGUGAAUGUUGCUAUUAAGAAGAAUUCGGUACCUAAAAAUUGGCAAGACGUGGAUUACAGGUGGUUGGAUGAGCAGUCUCAAGGAUCAUUCCUCUAUUCUGGCAUUGGCCCAAAUGACAUUUUCUAUGUGAUGAUUAAUGGAGCUUCAGCCACUUGGAAUUUGUAUGCCUUGAAUUUUGAAUUCAAUUAA